AACAUAUCGAUUGCUUCAUGUUAUCAUUGUAGACAUUAUCUGAAUAUAUAUUCAAUUCUUGUAGCAGACGAAAAACAUAACCUUUUAAGAGAUAUUCAUUUGUUAUUAAAAAUCCGAAUGAAUUAGAGUAAACAUUACUUGCCGUUGUAUUCAUAAUGGCGAAUGACAGGGAGGUAUUAAGAGAAAUUUGGGAUGGUAAAAUUCCUGUUUGUUUUACGCUUGAUUCUGAGGAAAUUUGUGAAUUACAAGGACCUGACCCAUUUUAUCUUAUGGUGCCUAGGUUAAGUUAUUUUCCACUCUGCACAGAUAAGAUACGAAAGCAUUUUAUAAGACAUAUACAAAGUGACAGUAAGCAAGAACAUGAAAUGUGGUUAGAAUUUAAUGGUAUUCCUUUAAAAUGGCAUUAUCCAAUUGGUGUUCUUUUGGAUAUUUAUUCCAAUGAUGUUGAAUUACCUUGGAAUAUUGUUGUUCACUUUGAUAGGUUUCCAGAAAAUGUGCUGAUGCACUGUCAAAACAAAGAAGUAGUAGAAGCAUAUUUUCUCUCAUGUAUUAAAGAAGCAGAUGUACUAAAACACAGAGGGCAAGUUGUAUCUAGUAUGCAAAAGAAAGAUCAUAAUCAAUUAUGGUCUGGUUUAUUGAAUGAUAAGUUUGAUCAAUUUUGGUCUGUGAAUCGAAAACUUAUGGAGGCUAGUAACAUAGAGGAAGGUUUUAAAUACAUACCAUUUCGAUGUUAUACAAGUGAAGAUAAAUAUGUACAAAAACUUGUAAAACCUGUCAAUGAAGAAGGUCAAAGAAAAACAUUGAGGCAUUUAUUGAAUGAAGUAUUUCCAGAUAAUGAAAAUAUUACAGUGUUUACUCAUGGUAUUACCCCACCAUUGGAAACACCUCUUCAAUGGAUGUCAGAACAUUUAAGUUAUCCUGAUAAUUUUUUACAUUUAGUUGUGACGUCAUAACCCAAAUUGAAAUAGCCAGUUGAUUAAUUAUCAAUGAAAAUUCUACAAAUUGUGAAUUCAAUACUGUUUUCUCUUGUCAGUAAAUAACUGGCUUUCUAAUUAAGAUCCUUUUAUCAUGGAUCUUUUUAAUUUUUAUGUGCUUUGUCCCAUAUUUAUUUUAUACAAAGUCAUAAAUGACAUUCUAAUUUUUCCUGAAAAAAAUAACGAUUAAAUGCUAUUACUGUUGCUUAUAUUCUUGUAAUGCACGAACGUAUGCAAAUUUUGUUACAAUUGCAACGUCGGACUUUAUUAAAAUUGGAUCGAUAUCGGACCACAUUCAUCAUAGAUCAAUCGAAUUGUAAUUCAACUAACAAUAAUGUAUCAGGAAAAAAUAUAUUGUAUAAAUAUAAUUA